AUGGCUCCCACACCGCAGAGCCGCUUCCUCGAGGGCUCCAUGAACGAUCGUGCCAGCAAUGCCCCGCCACCCGAUUUCCUCGGCUUCGACGCCGACAACACGGCCGAGUAUGAGCGGCAGUUUGCGCUGGACUGGAAGCCGCCUGACCUCGGCCUCAACCACCACGGCACUCGUACCAGCCUCAUGAGCAUCAGCUCGGCCGUGUCCUCGGCCACGACAUCCCACAAACAAAACGGCUCCUCCUUUCUCAAACCGCUGUGGGGCGGUGUCAAGGAGAGGCUCAGCCUGAACCGCUCCAAGUCUUCCAACAAUGUACACGACCGCGACGACGACAGCAGCUGCCACGGCCACAUCAUAUCACCCACCUUCAAGCACCAGAGGUCCGAGAGCAUCAAUGUCACCAGGCACUCACGCACUGCCGACCCAGACUCGUUCGCUUCCAGCGGCGACGGUGCCAAGCUGAAGAAGUUCCCGAGCGCUGCCGCCAUUCCCAACGCCGGUAUGCCCGGGUCCGCCGCUUUCGAUCCCACCAACCGGCCAACCCGCGACGAAAUUGCAGCAAACUACCAAAGCUUGUUAGCUAGUGGCUUCUUUGGAAACCGUGCCAUCCAGUCCACGAGGUUCUCAGCGCCCGGCGGUAUGCAGAACCGAUCGAGCAUGCCCUCUGGAGACUCCUUUGCACAGCGCAUGGCGGAGAAUGAGCAACAAGAGCAGCAUCAAGACGCGCCCAUGGUCCCUCCUCCGGAACGGCAACCUCCACCACCACCACCCAGUCGGACAGCACCGCCACCACCUCCGCCUCCUGUCGAGUCGAUAGACACAACAUCGUCAUCCUCGUCUGCUGGUUCACCAUUUAGCCCGGCCUUCAUGUUACAGCCGGGCUCCUUGGAGCAGCAACAAGCAUCAAGGGACAUGCCGCCACCUCCUUCACCGCCGAAGCAGAGAAAACCAGGCCACAAGCCAUCUCUGUCUUUUUCUUCGGUCCCGUACACCUCAACGCGUCCCGCCAAUGAGCCUUCUGUCUCUCGCCCGUUUCGACCUCCGCCAGUGUCACUUGCUAGGUUCUCGUUAGAUUCUGGACGGAGGAGUUUUGAUUUCAAGCUGGGCAAUGACUCGAAUAGAGGCAUCAAGCGUCCUUUCGUAUCGACGAAUGACUCCGAAAUGUCUCUUGAUAGGCCGUCGUACGACAUGAUCAACGGCGAUGGCAGUGGUUCGAUGGUGACCGCCCUAGAGGAUGGUGGCCACGAGAGCGGCGCGCGGAAACUGGUUAAGAAGCUGCGCAAGUCUGCCAGUCGGAUUUCAAUGGACCUGGGGAAGUCCAUCUCACGGCCAGCCUCUUCGAAUUUUGAAGCCGACAACGGUGAUGUCCACAUCGCCGACCCACCCUCAGCUCCUCGGCACUCCAUGUCAUCCUCCAUCCGGCGGUCUUUCAGCUGGCGCCUGGGACGGUCAGCCCAGGAGACCAAGGAUGACAACAAGCGCAGAGAUAUUUCCAGCAACGAUGACAGGACCGACAACGCUGCCGAAGAAACAGCCGUGCCCUCUUUUAAGAGCGAGCGUUUCAUACCGCCAUCCUUGUCUGUGAUCAUGGAUGCCCCCGAGAGCCCAGAGCGGAACAAGCUCAAGAAGAGGGACAUCCGCGGCCGCCGCCUAAGACGGCAGGAAGCUAACAACAAGCCAACUUCCUCUCCUGCCCUCCACCAUAGCCAAUUCCCCUUCCUCUCCCCACCAAGCGACGGUGAUUCAGUGAUGACGGACUGGCAGAGCACGCGGGGCUCGGACCGGACCAAGAGCCGCAGCCGGAGCCGGCCGAGGCGGUCGGAGCUGUCGAUGAUGAUGCAGUCCCAGCCCACCUCUCAGUCGCAGUCGCAGUCGCGGCCGGGCACCGCGCACAGCACGGACAGCUCGUACAGCUUCGCCACGAGCACGGCGGCGUCGUACCUCGAGCCGCGGCGCAGCGCGGAGGUGGUGACGGCGGCACCGUCAGCAGACGACAGUGUCAUGGGCGGCGUCGAGCCCGUCGAGUUCGUCGUCCCGUCGUUCCACUUCCCCAACCGCGUCCGCCCGGGCGGCAACCCGCUGACCGUGAUCCCCGACGCGAACCGGGGCAUCCCCAGCGUGCCCAACAUCCCGGGCGAGUUCAGGGACGUUAAGAUCGUCGCGAGGGAGAGGUGCGAGAACGAGGGCGACAACGACGACGACAACGGCGGUGAUGGUGCGGCCCAGGCGGGUGGCAGUGCGUGGCCCAGCGCGCAGGCCGUGUUCUGA